CCUUUCAUGUUUAUCCAUAGCCUAUAUAUGCAUAUAUAGUCCUAGCUUCCACAGCAAUUUCACAUCUUUCUUCCACUCCACAGUGUACUUGCUUCGCAGAGUUUUCUUGGCUUGUUUGAUGAUUUUGUUGGCAAAAGAGGAUAGAUGGGUACAAGAAGAAGACAUCAACACUCUGUGCUUUAAUUUUCAUCCUCCGUACGGCCUCUAAACACUCUGAUGUUGAAUCCGGGGAUUGGUGAAGAAGAUUCUAAUUAAUCAACACUCUACGUUUUCAAGAUGAUGGACAAUUACAGCAACAUGGGUGUGGGCCCUGAUCCCACCUCAUCUUUUACUCAUCCUUCUACUUUUGAUCAGAGAGGCUUACAUAUGGGGGCAGCUGUCCCCUUCCCGAACCCCACCUUUCCUCGUUCUCUUGGUGGACCCAUUGAUCAGAGGAACUUAUUUAUGGGGGCAGCUGCUCCUUUCCCGAACUACCCCACCUCAUCUUUUACUCCUAUUUGUGGACCUAUUGAUCAGAGGGGCUUCUUUACGGGGGCAGCUGCCCCCUUUCCAAACUCCACCUCAUCUUUUAUUCCUCAUUAUGAUCAAAGAGGCUUAUUUACUCCCGUUCCGAACCCCUCAUCUUUUACUCCUCGUUAUCCUUUUGAAUUUGGUGGACCCAUUGAUCAGAGAGGCUUUUUUACGGGUGCCCCCUUUCCAAGCCCCACCUCAACUUUAUAUACACUUCCAAAUGAAUUUCUGGAUCCGUACGUGUUUGGAGGGUUCCCUUUUCAUGGUUUUGUUGCACCUCCUGAUCAUUAUGAUGAUGAAGCUGGAUUCGAUAAUGAUCUUGAAAAAGGUGCAGAAGUUGCAGGUUUGGGUGAAAAAUGCAAAGACCUGUAUCAUGCUGCCAUAAAUGGGAACUGGAAAACUGCAGAGGGUAUUCUACGUGACAACCCGAGUUACGCUCGUGAUAGCAUUACGAAAAGAAAGGACACGCUUCUUCACAUUGCAGCCGUGGGAGGAAACACAUUAUUUGUAAGGAAGGUAGUGGAAAUGCUGAAAAGUGAAGAAUUGGAAGUAGUAAAUGAGUAUGGAUGUACUGCAUUCUAUAACGCAGUUGCAUCGGGUGUUGUGGAAAACGCCAAGUGUAUGCUACAAGAGAACCAAAAUCUGAUAAGUAUCGGGGCUGGUGGGGCGGACAAGAUCGCCCCUAUCUAUCAGGCGGCUUUGCUACGACAUAACAAAAUGGUUUCUUACCUCUAUACUGUCAAACCUUUGGUCGAGUACUUGGAUCGCAAGGACCUGAUUAAGCUUCUCGUAAUGACUAUUUAUAACGACAUGCAUGAUGCGGCAUUAAAGAUCUUAAAGGACAAUUCUCAAGAAGAAAAAUAUAUCUUAAAGGACAGAACAAUUGCCUUAGCUAAAUUCAAAGGAAAUCGAUCCUUCUUGCAUAUGUUAGUUCGCAAACAACAACAACAACAUAUAGCACCUGCAAGAAUUUGGCCAAGAUUUCUUGCUGCCGCCUCAACUACUGCACUCUUCUCUAAGCCUGCUUUCUUGCACAAUGGAGAUGAAGAAGAAAAAGAAUGUGUAGCAAAGACAAAAGCGGGAGUUGAAGAAGAAAAAGAAUGUGUGGCAAAGACAAAAGCUGGAGAGUUACUUGACAUUAUUUGGAAAGAGUAUUGUAAUCUAAGUGAUGAUGAGUUUAGAAAGGAAAUUGCCCGUCAAGAUGAUAUACUUCACUAUGCUGCAAAACAUGGGAAUGUUGAGUUUCUAGACAUGGUUCUUAAGAGUAAGCCUGAUCUGUUUUGUGAGAGCAAUAAAAGUGGGCAUACUAUCCUCCAUGUUGCUGUGUUAUACCGACAACAAAACGUAGUGAAUUAUAUAUGCAACAAACAGGGUUAUCAAUAUUACAUGACUCGCCGUCUUGACCUAAACAACAACAACAUUUUGCAUUUAGCGGCACAGGCUGAAAACACAUUUUGCGAAUUUAAGGAUAAUAUCGCAGCUGAUGACUACCUAUGGAUUUAUGAUGAUGAUGAGGAGGAAAAGGAGGAAGUCCCAGGAAACAAGAAAAAUGAUGAUCAGGAGGAGAAGGAGAACAUUAUUCAAGAAUCAUCAGCUCCUCAGAUAUCCACAACAGCCCAAAAGGAGGUAGUCCCAGAAAACAAGAAAAAGGAUGAUCAGGAGGAGAAGGAGAACAUUAUGCAAGAAUCAUCAGCCCGUCGGAUAUCCACAGCAACCCAAAAGGAGGUAAUCCCAGUAAACAUGAAAAAAAAUUAUCAACAGGAGGAGAACAUUAUGCAAGAAUCAUCAGCUCUUGGGUUAUCCACAGCAGCCCUUCACUAUGAAAGAGAGAUUUCAUGGUUUAAGGGGGUGGAGAAGAUUGUGCCGUCGUCAUUUCGCCACAUGAGAAAUAAGGACGGCAAAACCCCAAAGCAAUUGUUUUUGAAAGAGCACAUGAAAUUAAAGAUGAACGCAGAAAAAUCUAUUAGAGGCACAGCAGAUUCAUGCAUGAUUGUGGCAACCUUAAUCGCCACCGUGGCGUUUUCUGCCGCCUUCACCGCACCAGGUGGUAAUGAUGACCAGACAGGUAUUCCCAUAUUUAUAAAACGAGCAAGCUUUACAGUUUUCACAAUAUCGGAUGCUGUGGCAAUGAUCUUCUCAAUGGUGUCAAUUCUCACAUUCUUAUCCAUCCUCAUUUGGCGCAAUACGGAUGAUGAUUUUCAUUUGGCAUUGAAAAGAUUGUUCGUAGGAUUUGCAGCAAUGGGUGUCUCUAUAUGCGGGAUGCUCUUCGCUUUUACAGCAGCCUUCUUUCUGGUGUAUGGCAGGGCAUGGCAACCAAUUCUUAUUGCCGCAUUUGUGGCUCUCCCAAUUGCUUCCUUUUUGUACCUAAAUACUAGGUUGUGGAUUGAUGUUGUUGGGUCAAUGUUGCUUAAGUUGCUUCCCUUCACCAAACAGACAACUUAUGUUGGAUGUAGAAGCAGACCCUAGUGAGAAAGGUGGUGAACAAGGCUUGUUAAAGAUGGUGUUAUUGUAAUUUCCUUUUAUUAGUUGUUGUAAUCGUUUGCUUUGUCUACUUUAUAUUUCUUUUGUAUUUCCUUCCUCGAUCUCUGGAUUUAGAAUAUUGACUUAGUGUACUGCUUAGUUUUAUUCUAGCCUAUUCUUUUGCUUCCUUGCUAUAAAUAAACAUCAAGCUUACAGUUUC